CGGGCCUGCAGGAGUGUCGUCCAAUCAGGUCUCUCGAACUGAGGAGCGUGUAUGAGAUGCGACGACGUGUCACACGUAGUGGGUCCACUGAGAAGUCAUCAGCUGUCUGAAGAAGUGUGCGUGAUCUGAAGAAAAUGGGUAGGAGUUAUUUUGUAGAUGAAGCUGUGGAGGAAUAUCUUGGUGGGCUUCAGGCAGCUCCUGGAUCAUGUGUGACCGGACUCCUGGCUGGUCAAUCGUCUCCUCAGAGAGAUUUCGUGGUGCUGGCUGUGCAGACUCCUCAAAGGGAGAGCGAGGGGCGGCCCAAGGCUUCGAAAGGGGUCAGCCCACUGGAUGACAUUGAUGUGGAGUGGGUCACAGAACACGCCAAGCAGGUGUCCCGCAUGCUACCGGGAGGUCUUUGCAUUCUUGGUCUGUUUUUAGUGACCCCACCUGAACUCUCCAAAGACGCCCAAAAUGCAUUAAAAAGGCUUAUAUUUGCCAUGGAUAAAUACAUAACUAAAGGAAGAUUGUGGGAACUGUCAGAGGAGGAUGUGACUGAUCGAGUAACCCUGCAUAUCUGCUCCAAAACAAAGAAACUUGUCUGCAAAACAUUUGAUGUAAAAGAUCCAAAGAGUUCAUCCAAGCCAGCAGACUGGAAGUAUCAAGCAGGCAUCUCAUCAUCUUGGCCCAUGCUGACCUGCUCUGUUGAGGUGGAUCUGCUCAUCCCUGUGACAGGAUCUUCUUCUGAUAACACAGACAAGUGCAUGAAGGAUGGUCUUAGGAGGUGGGCUAAACAGAUCGAGGCUGCUUACUGUCUCAUAAAUGGCAGACAGGCGUUAGAUGACUCUGAACUUCUAUCAGGACAGAAAAAGAACCUAAAAACAUCCCAUCGUCAGUCACUGCCAGCACGGAUCUUUGUCUCAGAUGAACAAUCAGAGCUGGAUGAGCGGAGCAGUGCUCUGGUUCAGGUGUGUAGCAGCUCAAUGAGGGUUCGAGGGGUGGUUCACUGCAGGGCCUACAUCCACAACAACAAACCCAAAGCCAGACAUGCAGCACAGGCCAUUAAGAGGGACAUCAUAAACACAGUUUGCUCCAGAGUGGAGAUGCUUCUGGAAGAUCUUUUAAUGAAUGAAGGGAGUCAAAAAGGUUUAUGCAGUGGGCAGCAGGCCCUUCCUCGGCGAGUGUUUGCACCAAUACCCAUCUCCGGUCUGUCUGUGUGUGACUACAUGUUCCCAGACGAAGGCACAGCUGAUGUGGCCGAACGUCUCAAAGAGAUGCUGGACUGCGAAACAUCAGAAGAGGACAUAGAUACUAGUUUGGAGAACAAUCAGCUAUUUUCUGCUGUUUCUGGACCUGAGGUAACAGACAGCCAUGAUGAGCAUAUCAUCUCAGAAAUCCAAGAUGAAAACCCCCAAAUUCAGAAAGCCACUCAGUAUUAUGCUGGUGUGGCCGUAGCAGCAGCCGUUGCUCUCCUUGCCACAGCCACAUCUUUACUGUAUUUCAGUUAAUGACAAUGCAAAUAGCAAAAAUGUUUGGUGUGUAUGAUCUUAAAUAUGAUUUCAAAUAUAAUUUUCAAAUUUGAACUAUUAUAGGGUUAUGUAAAAUACAAUAUAAGGGUUCACAUGGCUUCAUUUUGUUUUUAAAGGAAUAGUUCACCCAAAAAUGAAAAUUACCCCAUGUUUUACUCCCCUCGAAGCCUUCCUAGGUGUAUAUAACUUCCUUCUUUCAGUCAGUUUUUAAAAAACAUCAUCCUGGUAAUGCAGGUGGAUAGCGGACAAUAUUUUGAAGCUCCUUAAAUCGGAUAUAUCCGGAAGUACUGUGACGUAAAACUAACCUAUACAUCCUUUGAAGCAGAUCAAUGGGUUUAUGUGACAAAAAUAUUUCAAAUUUAAAUUUCUGGUAAUAAAAAACUAACAGACUUCUUGGCCGACAUCCCGACUCGACGUGCGGAGUAAGCUGUGUCAUACGUCGAGUCAUAGGUCAGCCAAGAACUUGGAAAUAACAUGAGUCAAUUAUUUACGUUACAAUUUUACAAAUAGAAAUGUUUUUCUAACAAAAAAAACAUUGAAAGGUGUCCCGAAGGCGUAUAGUUUAGUUUUACGUCAUAGUACUUGCAGAUAUAUUUGAUUUACGGAGCUUCAAAAUAAUGGCAGCUAUCCAACCAAGCUUGGAAGAGCCAUGAUACAUUUAGUUGGUAUGAAAGAAAGUAAGUCAUACACCUAGAAUGGAUUCGGAGUGAGUAAAACAUGGGGUCAUUUUCAUUUUUUGGUGAGCUAUUCCUUUAAAUGAAAUGUUCUUUGAGAAACGCUAAACAAAUUGAAGCUGAAAUCAGUGGAAUAGACAAAGCCGUUUAUUCAAAGAGGACAUUCUCACAUGUUUGGCCAUCAAAAUAUAUAUUUCAAACCUGAUAAUUGAGUAGUAAUCUACUGGUUACUUAAGUGUGAAUUACAUUUGUGUGUUUCGAUUAGUUUUUUUAGAUUGCGUACUAGUGGCACGUUUGCACUCACUCAGCCUGAAUGGAUCAAAAGGAAAAAGUUAAUUAUCAUCAUCCUGUGUGCGUUCUUACAGAAUAUUUGUGGCUUCCCUCACUAUGUUGUCAUUGGGCCAUUUGUCAUGUCAUUAUCAAACCAGUUUCUUUUGGCUUCUGUAGCAGUGCAGCAUUAAAGGUAUAAGGGAACGGUUGUAUUAAGUUUAACUUAAUGGAAAAAUGCCUUUGGCAUGAAAUAGUGCUGCAAGCUAUUUUUGUGACGAUGGAACGGGUAAAUACUCUACUUCCUUCUGAAUCAUUGAUAUUGAUUUUGAUUAUUUUUCAGACCUUGGAGCCGUUGUUGAUGUAUUCUUUACCAUUUCUACAUUGCAAAUUGUUCACAUUUAAAUGUGGGAACUGAAACAUGUAGAGGUACUUUAGAGGUUCUUAGUUAAUACUUUUUUAUCUUUCCUUUUUUUUUUUUUUUUUUGUAGUUUUCCCUUUUAAAGACCCCUGUUCUAAGGAACUAGUUUUAACAAUGGUGCGCGGAUCUAAAACCACCUUCAGAUGGGCACUUACACAUGAAUACUCUCUCAUACACAGUAAUCCUGGGGUUUGCAUAUGUUUUAGCCGUGAUUUAGUUGGGGACGUGUCAGGGCAUGUAUUACCUGGAAUGUAGCUUGAAACUAGUCAUGAAGACAUAAAGGAACGAGGAGUGUCUUUGGCCUUUCUUGUGUUUUAUUGAAGUAAGUCACCCUGAUGCAAUGUAGCGCAGCAUGACUCCAUGUGAAAUCACAUUAUUUUGUUGUUUUUUUUUUUAUUCAUUAAGCAGAUAGCGGCUCGAUACACAAUGGAUGACAAGUACAGUGUCACACUGUGAGAGUUUGACUUUCACGUAGCAAGCCUAAGCAUGCUUAAAUAAGACGGCUACUCUCAUUCUCUGCAAAUCAGAGUUCCCAUAUUCACAGAAAACCAGGCAGUUGUAUAAGAUUUCAGGAAACAAGUCCAACAAGUUAUGAACGUGCACUGCUGUUAAAACGUUUGAGGUCAGGAUAUUUUGAAAGAUGUUUCUGUUGAUCCAAAAUACAGUACAAAUUAAAAUUAUUAUUAUAAGAUCUUUAAGACAUCAUUGAAAUAUUAUGUUUUACUGGUCACAAGAUAUUAUUUCUCAAUGUCAGUUUUGAAAUAUAUAUAUAUAUAUAUAUAUAUAUAUAUAUAGCUUUACAAUUAAUUUUGAUGAGUUAAAUGAAUUCUUGAUGAAUAAAGGUAUUACCUUUUUUUUUUUUUUUUUUUUUUUUUUUUUUUUUUUUUUUUUUUUGGAAAAACACAAAACAAAAAACUACUGCCCCACAAACCUGGUGUACAUUUCAUCUCCAUAAUAAAUCAGCUUUGCAAUCCAUAA